AUGUCCGUACGGAGACGAGUUCAGGAUCGUUCCUCCUACCAGAUAAUGAUCCUGCAGACCAGUUCCUGUAUUCUGUUACCAUCCACACAGGCCUCAGGUCCAGAGCCAGUGUACAUAAUGUUGUAUGGUGAGAGUGGAGUUUCCCAGACCAGAGAACUUAGCAGUUCUGACCACAAACUCUUCACCUCCAAUUCCACAAACACUUUUAUUCUCAGCACACCCUGGAGUCUGGGCCGGGUAUGGCAGGUGUAUCUAUGGCAUGACAGUUCAGGCUUCUCUCCCAGCUGGUUUCUGAGCCAUGUGCAGGUGAAGGAUCUGCUGCAGGGCUGCAGCUGGAUCUUUCAGGCUCAGUGCUGGCUGGCUGUGGAUGAAGGAGAUGGGCAGGUGGAGAGGAGGCUGCGGAUUUUAGAGAAAACACUACUGUUUAGAGAGUGUCUGUAUCUGAAGCUGGAGAAGUUUUUACAGGAUUUUCACCCUUGGCUGUCUGUCUACAGUCGUCCAUCUCACAGCACACAUACACACAUUCAGCGCUUGAGUGUGUGUUAUCUGCUGCUACAGGCUUACAUGUGUGCUAACGCAGUGCUCAUAUAUCAGCAGGAAGAGCAGUACUCCUCAGAGCUGGGCCUGAUUGGUGUGUCGCUGGUGUCUGUGGGAACAGGGCUGUGUGCUUUAAUACUGCUGCCAGUAGGGAGUCUGAUAUCCUACCUGUUCCGCAUCAGCAAGCUGAACAAUAAUGGCAGUAAUUCAGGAGAUCAGUAUAAGUUCAGAUUGCCUUAUAUCUACUCUGUUGAAGGUAUUUGGGCACAACAUCUACAUCUACACUUAAUAUUAUUUUAG